AUGGCGUCCAAGGCCAAAGGUGGUGGUCGUGCCCCAUGUCCAAUCUGCUUGGACAUCCUUGGCUCGGUGCAAACCCAUCUCCAUCACUACCCGUACGUCGAUCCGUCCGAUUUUAGUCCCCACGACGGAUGGGAGCUCAAGUGCGGCCACGUGUUUUGCAUUGGCUGCUUGCGUAACUGGAUCCAACACACUGUGUUGAGUGGCCCCCACAACGCUAAAGCAAGCGCCCCCAAUUGCCCCCAUCGUGGAUGUCUCCACGCAGUGCAGCCCCACCACCUCGACCGCGUCCUCGACCCCGACGCCGUCAAACGGUUCAAAUACCUCAUUACCCCUCGAGUACUGAAGUGCCCAACUACCUCGUGCUCGACUACUGUGAACGUACCCGGUCAUAUCCAUCAAGCACCUGUGUUGUGCCCUAAAUGCGCCCUGGAAUUCUGUGCCGCAUGUGGCCUGCGGUGGCAUGCCGAGUUUGAUUGUGCCAUGAACAAGCUGCAUCUGGAGGACGAAAAGGCGGCGGCAUUGCUCCAAGCCACCAUCGACAAGCUCCAGUGGAAACGCUGUCCGUGGUGCCGAGCCGUGGUCGAACGAGCGUCUGGCUGCGCGCACAUCACGUGUCGGUGCGGACACCAUUUCUGCUACAAGUGCGGCAAGGCCUGCAGCAGCGACCACUUCUCGUGCUGCCCCCCGUAA